UCGGAAAUACAUGUUCGUACUUCUAGUGUGUAGGAAACGAUAUUAUAAGUAUAAUUUAAUCUUGACCAUCUAAACUCGGUUGUUCUAUUUUUUUCGGCGAGGAUAAACAACCCGCGUACAGCAAAUAAAAAACAAAUGGGUGAGACAUGUAGCAAGACAAGAAUUCUGUCGAUGGUUGUUGUUGUUCUGGCUUUGGUGUUGGUAGCCGUUGUUGUUGCCUUCAUUUAUAGGGAAACAAGAGGAAGAAGAAGACGGACAGAGCUGAAUGAAAACAAUGUUAAGGCUCUUUACCCUGUCUACUUUCGGGAUCAAGAGGAACAAGACGCGUUCCAGGAAUCAUUCUUUGAGUCCUUUUACAGCAACAGAACGGUUAUAAAACCGACCGUGGACAGUGAACAGGCAUGUUCGUUCAAUUGUACGUUUUAUCCGGUAAGACAAAAACGGAUGGCUCAGAACGGAGUACAGCAUGGAUGUUGUAUAUCAAAUGCUAGGUUCCAUUUCCCAACCAAUCACACCAACAUUAAAGGACAGGUUCGCACAUUUCUCCAGUUCGGCACCAAGAAGCAGUAUUUCACCGUCCAUGCAUGCACGGCGUUGAUUGGCUGCACAGGAUGUGUAUGUUCCCAAGAGAAAAAUUUUGCACCAGCCGUGGUUUUGAAAAUCGGAGUUCAAAAGGUAGAUGACAUUGAAGACACGGAGAUAGACUAUUUCUCAUUCCCUGGCUGCUGCAAAUGUAUCAAUACCUGAUAAAAAAAAUUUAUCAAAAAAGUGUUGUCGAUAUAAGGAUUUUGCAUUGACUAUUGUUUCUUUAUGCCUGUUUCAAUUGCACAGGUGUAUGAAAAAUGAUAUAUUACCGAAACUAUUUUUGAACUAUUUAGAUUUUAUGAAUUAUCACCCUCUGAUAUGUUAUGUUUCAAGCUUAACCAAAUGUGUGUAAGUAAAAUUGAAAGCGAAUCAUUAUUUUAUAGUUUAUUAAUAAAACAUAAAUGGACGUGAAAAAAAAACGUUUUCAGUUUAAGAAUAUCAGAACAUUAUGUGCUAUGCAUAACACAUUACCAAUCGCGAAAGAAUGACACUGUAAGAAUAUCAGCUUAUUAUGUGAAAUGCAUCAAACAUACCCAAAGGCGACAGAAUGACAGUACUACAAUAUCAGCUUAAUACGUAAACUGCCUCUAACAUAACCAAACGCGAAAGACUGACAGUGUUAGAAUAUCAGGCCAUGGUGUGAAAUGAUUCAAAUAUAACUGAACGUGAAAGAAUGACAGCGUAGAAAUAUCAGAACAUGAUGUGAAAUGGUUCAAAUAUAACUUGCAAGAAUGGCAAUGUCAAAAAAUUACCGCCCAUGAUGUGAAAUGAUCCUAACAAAACUGAAAGUGAAAGAAUGACAAGGUCAGACUAUCAGACUAUAUGGGAAAUCAGCGCAUGUUGUGAAAUGCUUCAAACAGAACUGAAUGUGAAAGAAUAAUAGUGUAAGGAUAUCAGCCCUUGAAGUGAAAUGCCUCAAACAGAACUGAAUGUGAAAGAAUAAGAAGUUUUAUUAGUUUAUUGAAGUCUCAUUUGUAUAUAUACACUCACAACAUACAAUAAAACAUAAGCAUAGUAAUAAAAAUAAAAUGCUGCCACUCGAAAGUAUCGAGUUAUAAGA